GUCUGAUACCGACGUCUAUGUAUUCCCGGAAAGCAUACGAGGUGAACAGCGCAAAAUCCCCUAGUGUCGCCUUACCUUAUCUCAGGUGUUCAGGUGAAAGCGCCGACGUGUUUCGCAGUGGGAGGACCUUCUGGUCUCGGUGAGCAGGUAAAUUAGUCUCUUUAUAAGACAUAAGCCUGUCUACAGCGAGUACCUUCAAAACCCGCGAUCUGCAGAUUUCAUACGGAUAAUUAAACGAUUUCAACGAGUAAAGAACCCACCAUGGAAACAGCAACAGAAAAACAAAGGCCUGCUCACGGCCAGAUAAUCUCUGUGCCCCAUAAGGACACAGUGCGUCUCCUGGAGGUUUACGUCAAGCGGAGCCUCAGCCUGAAUGACGGCAGCCUGGGGGCAAAGAAAGCAGGGAAGAAGGAAAAGUGGGUGACCCUGUCCAAAACGUAUAGACGAUCCUCCAGCGACCCUUCGCUACUCUUGCACGAGGCAUUAAAUCACAGUGAAUCUAGUGUGCUUCCUGUGGCUGAACCCCAGAUGUAUGAAUCCGUGAAAGAUCCUGAGGAAUCAGAGGAGCCAGUAAUGAAGACUAAAAAGACCAAAAAGAUCAAGAAACCCUCAUUUUGGAAGACUUUUCUUGGCAUUUUCAAGAAUGGGGACAAAGAAGAUCAAGACAAUCCAUCAGAGGUGUUUGACAAUUCAAACCAAUCAACCAACUGCCUGCCCACAAAUCAGCUCUCCUUUCAAAAGAAAUCAAUGAGGAAAAAGUCCUUAAGAAGGAAAUUGUCCAAAAGGUGGUCUCUGAGGUCAACUAAAUUUGGUAAAGAUGUCAACUCUACUGAUAGCACUGGAGUAGAAGCUGUGAUCAGCGUCGAACCGACAUACGCCUACUAUGAGAAAGUAUCAGAAGAACUUGAAAAAAUUGUACAUGAGGUCAAAGAACAAGAGGAAACGGAAAUUCUGUCCAAUGAGGAAGUUAUCAAAAGGAUUGUUGCUUUGACCAUACAAGAGGGUGAUGCCAUUGAUGGGAAGCUGAAAGAUAACCCCAUGCUGAGCAGCUUUUUCCAGCGCAUGACUUACUCCUCCUUCCAGAAGAUGGCAGAUGCUUACCUGGAGAAAGAGGCAAAGCCAACCCACAAGCCGCUCACUGUUCUACCUACAGCACCCGAACUGGUCAAACUGGCUUUCACUCUUGACUUUACGGCCAGGAUAGCUGGGCUUUCCAAACAGAACAUUGGUCACAUCACUUGUCUCGGGAACCGUUAUCUGCAGGACCGAUUUGAAUACAGACAGGCAUGCAGUGACCACCCUUGGUCCGACAGCGAUGAUGCAGACAGUGUUCCUCUAACAGGCAAAUGAAACUGAGAUCUGCCCAACUAUCCACUUCCCCACACAUGUGACUACAGAACUGCAUAAACUCCACUUUAUGAACACUGUCUGAAAACUUAAGUUAUUUAACAUGUGCUUGAAAGAGUUUACUAAGCUGAAAAUGUGACACAGCAGGAUAUUUUCUCAGAAAGCCGUCACUCGACAGGCCAAUGGUCAUAAACCCAAACUUAGUGAGCCAGCCACUGAAAAGUUCUGAACUGUGAGCACUUUGUUAGAUUCAUAUUUAGGUGAUUCUCUAAGAGACACUACAAUGCAAGGCUCUUUUGCCAAAUUUGAAAAUUUGCUGAUUUGUAACAAUAAGAAAAAAACAGUGCAAUAUUUUCUUCUGUAUGGGUAACUCUGAGCUCUUGUUAAAUAUGUAUUGUGUGUACCAAAACUGUGAUUUUUGUUAUGAAUGCUGGCAUUCAUAAUGUCAACUCUGAUCUUGUUAAAUACUGUAAUGAGUUUUAAUUUUUAAUAAACAUACUGUAUAUAUGCUUCUUAA